AUGGUUUUUAUCCUUCCAAAGAGUCCUAUAGGCAAGCUUGAUAUCAAAAAAGAGCAUUUUCCUAAAGAUUAUCGCCUUGCACUCCUCAUCAUUGUAUAUGUUGCAACUAGCUUGCUUGUUUCGAGCCAUGGCGGUAGAGUUAGGGUAUUAGGAGACGGUUCAUCCAUCUUCAGUGUGCUAGAUUAUGGAGCCGUUGGUGAUGGAAAACAAGAUGACACUCAAGCGUUCUCAAAAGCAUGGACCAAUGUGUGCAAUGCCAUCGGUAACACUCCAACUCUAGUCGUACCACAGGGAAAGACAUUCUUACUCAAUUCCAUUAAAUUUAAAGGUCCUUGCAAAUCUCCCGAUAUUCAUUUUCAGAUUGAAGGUGAUAUUGUAGCACAUAACGACAUAUCUGAGUGGGAAAACUGUGAAGACAAUACUUGGAUAUAUUUUGCAUACAUUGACAAUCUCUUUGUACAAGGACAAGGAUCAAUUGAUGGCAGAGGCUCUAUUUGGUGGAAAAAUGCUCCUUUGUUAACUAAUCGUGACACCCAUGCUACAAUUAACGAGGAGACAAACUCGUGCAACCGUCCCACGGCUUUGAGGUUUCUAAGAUGUUAUGGUCUCCAAGUAAGAGGCACUACACACAAGAAUAGUCCUGGAAAUCACAUAACUUUGGCUGGUACUAACAAUUCGACCAUAUCAAAUAUUAACAUAUUUGCGCCGAAAGAUAGCCCUAACACUGAUGGAAUUGAUAUAUCUUCCACAAACCAUCUUAACAUUCUCAACUCCGUCAUUGAAACUGGUGAUGAUUGUAUUGCAAUCGGCUCGAAUACAACAUGGAUCAACAUAGCAAACGUCACCUGCGGACCAGGUCAUGGCAUUAGUGUGGGAAGCUUAGGGGAAGAUGGAGCACAAGCAAAAGUGGAAGAAAUACAUGUGAGUAAUUGCACUUUCAACAAUACUUCAAAUGGAGCCAGAAUCAAAACAUGGCAGGGUGGAUCGGGAUAUGCAAGGAAAAUCACCUACGAUAAUAUCAUUCUCAUCGAUGCAAAAAACCCUAUCAUCAUCGAUCAAUAUUAUUGCAAUGGUGAUAAAAAUUGUAAAACACAAGCGUCGGCGGUGGCGAUAACAGACGUGAAAUUCAGUGAAUUCCGGGGAACAUCAGCAAGUGAAGCAGCAAUUACGUUAAACUGUAGCCAAGUUAGCCCAUGUAACACCAUUGUAAUGGAAACAAUCGACAUUACGACGUCGGAUCGUACCAAAAUUCUAACCAGCAAAUGCGAGAAUGCGCAUCCACUACAAAAUUCAGUUGUACCUCUUGUUCAUUGCGCUAAAUAGGAGCUAAAGAUGGUGCAAAAUAUUUCUUAUCCAAAUAAACAAAAAUAAAGUGUCGAUGCAAAAAUGUUGCAUAUAUGAAUGGCACAAGCAUUUAGGGGAAGGACAUAGAUUUAUUAAUUAGUACAUUUUUUAUUUGUAUAAUGGAAAAAAGGAUUGAUUGUAACAGUAUUGA